UUUCGCGGAAAAGCAAAGAAAAUUUAGGUAGUGUAAACAGUAAAAGUCCAAUUUUUUGCUACAUUCUACGUGGAAAGUCGAAGAUACUUUAUUUCAUACUCUUUCAUAAAAUAGAUUGACAAAUUGCAUAAAAGUUUUUCUCCCGGCUUUGUAUAAAAAUCACAUGUAAGUAAAUCUCAGUAUGUCAUCCGACUGUCGGAUUAAUGCGUAUCAUUAUGAUACUAUCGUCGCUGUGUAUCGAAAUUAAGUGCAAGUAUUGAAACUUUGUAAUUUAUUUCAAUUCGUAUCGGAUUACGGUUUGAGAUAAAUAUUAUAGUUUGAAAGACCAAUCAAAUAAAAAUUUACUAGGGUUUAGUAAGUUUUCACUGAUUGGUUAUAUUUUAUCUAGUGACAAUGAGUUUCGGAACGCUACCCCCGUCAUGUAAUCACGUGUGAUAUCGCGGAAGAACAUGUCUGUGCACGUUACCCGCGCUUCUCUACGCAGUUCAUCAUUUUACACAACCUUCGUGCUCAUGUCGUUCAGUUCUCGUCGUGUUAACGCUUUUGUUGUAAUCACCGUGCUUGUGUCGUAUUUCUGAACCGUCUUGCAGAGAAACAGUAUAUCUAAAAAGUAGUACAUCUAAAAAGAUUAUAUGAGGAUUACUGACAUUGGUUUUAUGCAAGAGAUACGUGGAAAACAACCUGGUACCACAGUGUAUGUUUACAACGAUUUUACUUAUAACCAAGAUGUUCGUAAUAAGAAAAUUCUACGAUGUAGUACUCGACGUUGUUCAAAAUGUCCUGGUACUAUAUAUAUUGAUAAUGAUGGCAAAAUACAUUUACUCCAUGGUCAUAAUCAUAUUGAGGCACAAGAGAAAGUAAAACAAUCUAUCAUGAAACAAGAAAUGCUGAAACUUUGUCGAGAGUCACACUUAUCUUUGAAAGAAAUAUUUGAUAGUGUGUGCAGAAAAUAUCCUGAAACAGCCAUAAGAUUGUCAUACGCAACAUUGAAAUCUACAUUGUACCGUGAAAGAAUUAAACUACGUCCAAGUUUACCGAAAAAUGUGGAAUCUUUUGCUGCAAAUUUAUCAACAUAUGUACCUAUGGAAAAAUUUUACAAAGGAAGUGUGACCUGCAUCGAUGGAAAGAAAGCACUGAUAUUUUCAAGUAAUGAAUUGUUACAAGAACUGCAAAAAUCAACAGAACUUUACGUAGAUGGUACAUUUAAUAUUGUUCCACGUAUACCAUUAAUGAGCCAAAUGUAUUCGAUUCAUACCCGAUACAUGAAUGUUGGUAUUGGUAUGGUCUUUGUCCUAUGUGAAAGUCGCUCUAGUAAUAUGUACACAGCUAUGUGGAAAAAAAUUAUGGAAUUAGUACCAAUGCUUCAACAAAAUGUAAAGUUUAUAAUGAGCGAUUAUGAGGUUGCUGCCUUGAAAGUGAUAAAUGAACAAUUUCCUGCAGCAGAGGCUCAUGGAUGCUGGUUCCAUUUUAAUCAAGCACUUUUGCGUCAAUGGCGGCGAUUAGGAUUAAUAGACGCACCAAGAAGUGUUUUAUCUAUGACUAUGACUAUGGCAUUGAUUCCUUCUGAUUGCUUUGAGAAAGCACUUUCCAUUAUACAACUUGAAGUUAAUCAAACUUCUUCUAAAUAUCCUGCUCUUAAUGAUUUUCUGGCUUAUGUACGUAAGACUUGGUUACCAAUGGCAUCAAAAGUUAGUGUUUAUGAUUGUCCUGCAAGAACAAAUAAUAUAACAGAGAGUUUUCAUAAUAUAGUAGGAAAAAAAUUCGACAAAGCUCAUGGAAACGUUUGGAAUUUCUUAGAUAAUCUACGCAAAUUGAUAAUUGAUGAAGAGCUGAAACUAAAACGUCUACAAACAUCUGAAGUAGGUGGGCAUCAUGCAAGUGUUAAAAAUAAAAGGCGAGACAAUAAAAUACUAGAAACUCAAAAAAAUUUUGCGAUUGGCAGGUUAAACCUCGAACAUUUCUUACGUAUGUUUACCGAUAGAUGUGAAAAUAUUCUGAAGACUGAAUUACUGCAUAAAGAUGUAAACCAAUCAGAUUGCUUCUUUAAAUUAGAUUAGAAAGUAACAGUUAUAUACAUAAUUCCACGUCUGAUGAAGAAUAUGUUCAAUGUGUGCCUUGUGUAACAAAAUCUAACGU